AUGGCGGCCCGGGCUGAGCCCGCGGCCCACGGAGGCGCUGCCGGGAUAUUUAGAGCUGCUGCAGAUGGGGCUUAUUUGGAGGAGUGGAAAAGGGUGAAUCCAGAGCCAACCCCAGGCUCUGCGGUCUGGGACUCCUGUAGAACUGCAGGGGCAGAAGAGAGUGCGAGCAGCCUGGAGAGCACCGGCCGGCCGUGCCCGGAGCCGGACUUCGCCGGGGGCCCGGGCUGCGCCUGCCCCUGGUCCGCCCCCGCCGGUGUUUCCAAGGAGACCUGGGCCGCCGUCUGCGCCGCGGAGCCGCCGCACAGCCAGGGCCGGCGGGAGGCUCGGCUGAGCCCGGGCCAGUUCUGCAGCCCGCAGCUCGGUGCCCGGGACGCGGCGUGGCAGGGAGACCAGCUGUCCUCCCAGCUCUACAGAAACAAGCAGCUUCAAGAUACUUUGCUUCAGAAGGAAGAGGAACUUGCUAGGUUACAUGAAGAAAAUAAUAACCUCCGACAGUACCUGAAUUCUGCCCUGAUUAAGUGUUUAGAAGAAAAAGCCAAGAAACUGCUAUCCUGCCAUGGACAGAAAACCUGUGCUAUUCUCAAAAGUGCCAAGAGGAGAUUAAAAGAGGACCAUUGCUUUGUUCCUCAAGAAACUCCUCAUGCUUCCAAAGCUAGAAGGAACCUCUUGGAUGAAUUCACUGCCUGUGAAGAGCAGGCCAGCCCUGCUGUGGACAGCUGGGUCUUGCAGACCUUAGGAUUAAAAGAUGUCAACACCAUUGAUGAAGCUUCAGCUAACUACAGUGCCCUGUCCUCAGACCUUGGAAAAGACACGUACUGCCUGAGCCCUGGAGAAGCAAUAGGCUAUGAGCACAGUGAAGGAGCAGCAGCAGCAGCGUUUAGCUGCAGCCACGUGCCUCCAGCUGACAGCAGUGCCCAUCCAUGCAGUGAGGACUCUCCCUUCCUUCCUCAGUUUCCUUCAGCACCAUGCAUCUCCUCAGCAGUACCUAGUGUUUCCUCCCUCCCAGCGUAUGGGUUGCCUUAUUUGCCUGGUGAUUUGUCACCCAACAAGACUGAAGUGGCCUUCACAACAUCUCUAAGUCCCCACCGCAAUGUGAGAACACACACCUUCCACCAGGGACAAGCCUUUGUGCGCAGGGAUGACGACGGAGGAUGGAGAUUCACCUGGGUGCCCAAGCAGGCUGAAUAAUGCACCUGGAUCAAGGGUCAGCCAUAGGGGGGGUAGGAGACACAUUUCACCUUGUGAGACAGGUUCAGGUCUAAAAAAUGAACCCUUCUGGGCUUUGUUAAAUGCUACUCUGUCACUUACCCGCUCCUUAUUCCCUCCCAGAUUUUCACAGGUGUGACUCCAGAUUGCACAUGGACAAUUAUCUGCCCCAGGCCAGAUGUACAAAUUGGAUUCCCUUGUCUUGUGUCUGUGUUGAGAUACCUGCUUUUACUUGCAUCCUGGUUUUUCUAUCAUCAGCUAUUCCUUGUUACUGGUAGUUUCCAGGCUGGAGUGCUUUCAGCUUUGAUGAUCACUCUCGCAUGCACCAAACUGGAAAGAAUUUUGGGUUACAGCUGGGAAAUAGCACCUCUCUCAUAGAUAUUCAUGGAUAACAAAGGAGGCAUAGGUUGGAGACUGGGGAUCAGCAGUUUCUAAGUGAUUUGUGUCUGUCUUGACUGCGCAGAUUGCCUUGGAUUUAAGUACCCGUGGUUGCCUUAUGUGCUACACAAGGCUGACCUAUCUGCAGAUCCAUGGUGCUGUCACAUUCUUUGAUGAUGCCUCAAAAUAAACAGGGUUUGCUUCUAUUGCCUGGAGGCUACUUAAUUACAAGUGAUUCAGUGAGUUCAGGGGAUCUUUCUAAGCUGUGAUUAAGAGACUAAUAUGUUUACUAAUAUGUUUUAAAGGUAUUUUGUCGGUUAGAUAAAGGGAGUUUACCUUUGGGGAGGCAGUAUCAGUGGUUGGAGUGAGUCUUUGGGAACCACAGCCUUCUUGCCUUUCCAUGUCUCUGCCAGGGAGUGGUGGGCUCAAGGUAAGACCAUCACUACCUUGAGAAUGCUUUAAAACUCUCUGAAGAGAAGGUGCUCUAGCACUGCACAGAACUUGACCUUUAGUAAUGCUACUAAUGAUAUGAAGUCAACAGAUAUGAAGGAAGCUCACCAGUACUGUUUUGUGUUACCUUUGUUUUCUGAUUUACAGUAAUUUGGUGCCUAAGUAUUCAAGAUAGAUUGAUUUGGUUAUUCAUGCUUUCAGAAUGGUGUCAGUGACAUUAAGGACUUAAGUAAAAAAUAACCAUAACUGAGAAUUUCCUUCCAGUGGCUUAUUUUCAUAUAGAAAAAUGGAUAUUCCUUUAUUUUUAUCUCCUAAAUAGCCUGUUGUGCCUUAGAAUAUGUGACAUACUCCAUCAGGAGCAGUGAUGAUUUUCCAAAAGACUUUUAAAUAAACAAACUCUUUAUUUCUGCGUAGUUACUUUAAAGCAACUGUGGCAGAUUUCCAGAAUAGGCAAUUAGAAAGCACUGAUUGUAGACAUUAUUGCACUGGGUUAAAAAAACAACCAACCAAAAAAAAAAACCGAAACCAACCA